UUCUUUUAUUUCUUUAAAAAUCUUCAUGCUGUGUGGACGUAUUUUCGCAGUUCACGCUUCUCAAAAAGUAAAAAAAAAACUAGCAUAUACUAAUUAAAAUUGGAAUAUUCAAGGGAAGUGUAAAAAAAUAAUUAACCAAACAAUUUUAUAUUAAAGAAAACUUAAUAAAUUAUUUCAAAAUAACGUUUUAAACAAAAGUAAGAAUUUUUAUCAAUAAAUAUACUGCGUUUCUUAAUAAAAUGAGUACAACGGAUGGCAGCAACGGUACAGGGGGUGGGGGUGCCCCAGGACCAGGAGGUGGUACAGGUGCUGGUCCAGGAGGAGGUUCAACAGCAACAACACCAACAGGAGAACCCUUAAAAAUUAUAAAAACCCAAUUAAUACCCCAUCCACAUCCAGCAUCUUUACAACACCAACAAUCACACCAUUCACCAUUGCCUUCACCAACACCUACAUCAACUCCAACAACGACACCUUCUUCUUCUACCACUUCUACUAGUUGUGCCACAACACCCAAUCUUAACAAUCCACAAAUAGCACAUGUCCAUGCUCCCAUACAAUUGAAAAAUCCCACAAAUGUAACAAAUUUAUUUUCUUUAAAUCCAGUUGCAGCCAAAAUAACGCAUGUUAAGACAACAACACUAGAUGCUGCUAAUAAUGGUGGCCUCACCUUAAGUGGUUUGGGGCAAGCGCCUGGUGGUGGUGGCGCCGGUGCUACAGGAACAAUCGUAACAAGUGGUGGUCUAUCGACAGUGGGUGCCAUUAAGGUGGGUAAUAGUGGUGCAGUGGCUACUUCGUUAAGUGGCACACCCAUUGCCUUGAAUACAUCACAAACAAAUACUUCGGGUGCCACUUCUAUAAGGGCCAUAGGUGCGGGGGGACAAUCGACCCAGGUGAGAGUUGUUAUGGGUAAUAUAAUGACUCCCUCGAUGAUAAAGCAAUUGGAAAAUGCUGGUCCUGGACGUACACAAAUUACUGCUUUUCCCACGGCUCCUGCUAGAUCCGUAUCAAAUACUUCCAUAACGGUUACCCGGACAGCAACACAAGCUACAUAUUUACCAAGAGCCAGUGUAACAGCUACACAAAUGACCGGUGUAGGUUUAGGAGUACCAGCAGGACAAAGACUAGUAACACCCAUACGCACGACACCCGCAUCUGUAACUGCCACAGGAGCAGGUGCCACGGUUACGGGUAUAACGGCAGCCGGUAAUUUUGUAAGAGGAACAGCUGUAAGUCGCAAUACUUCUUCACCGGCCACUACUGUCAUAUCGCCCGCCACUAGCACUACUUGGAUGGCGGCCAAUACAGGACAAGUGCAAUUAAUACGUGCCAUACCACAUCAAUCCAGACAACGCAUCAUUACCACACAAGGUAUUAGCGGUUCUCCUGUUUCGACCGUAGCUUCUGUUAGUGGCACCGUGGUUACUAGCACAGCCUCUGCUCUACAGACGGCAGGUCUAGGUAAUCCUCAACAAACAAAUAAUGCACAACAAAAUCAACAACAAUCCACCAUACAAGCCGUUUCCUCUGCUGCUCCUCCACAACAGCAACAACAAACCUAUGUUGCUACUGUUUUACCACCCCGUCAUCAACUAGUCUAUUCCUCCAAUGUGGCCACAUCUCAACCCUUAAACCAACAGCAGCAGCAACAGUUCAAUCAAACCUCUGUGGCCAAUACCGGUCCACGUUUUGCUGUUGCCACUCCCUUAACAGCAGGAACUGUUGGCUCUACGGGUGCUCCUCGUCAAAUACGACCAAUACCAUUUGCUAAAUCAUUUUCGGCAGCCAAACUUAAUACGACCAGUAUAAGUAUAAGGGCUCCUAAUUUAACACCCACCAUAGCUACGGGUGUUUCAAAUGCUAAUGUUGGCGGUAAUAAUGCCUCUAAUUCACCACGCAGUACUACCGUUACAGGGGUAACAUCUACAGCAAAUGUUUUACCCUCCACUAAUUUAUCGGCGGCACGUAUUAUACAAUUGCAACAACAACCUGGUGGUACGGCUCAGCAGAUUAUAGGAACAACGGGACGUUUGGCGGCAAAUGUUAUGUUGCAGCCGAUAAUUGUUAAUACUUCGGGAACUAAUAAAAUUGGCAUACGUCCUCCUGUAACAAUGGCAGCCAAAGUACAACCUUCUUUAACUAUCACCCAACUGGGCAUUGGCAAAUUACCUUCAUCCUCUGGUGGCGGUUCGGGACCCUCAUCUUUAGGACCACAAAAUUUGGCUGGCGUUAAUACCAGUACCGGCAGCAAUUCACCUUCUAUAUCAACAGCCAGCAUAACGGCCACCAAUUUGUCAACAAAUGCCACCACACAACUGGUAAAUGUUUCGCAGGGUGGUCAACUCUUAACCACACAAAAUAUAGUAACCUCAAGUGCUGGAGGUACAGCGGCAGGAGGAGCUACCGUAGUACCCUUGGCCAUUAGUACAAGAGGAGCUGGGGUUAGUGGUAAUAUUAUAACCGGCACUAUGACCCCCAUUAAAAAUGCCAAUACUAUAACGGUGGGUAAAGUAAUGACCCAGGCUCAGUUGGCCUCUGCGGCAGCCUCACCUUUGGAAAAUAUUAACAAUUCGAAUACAGCUAAUAAUGCGGGCAAUAAUACAGCUACCAAUGUUUUCAUACAUCAUGCUCCUGCACCCCAGAGACCGCACAGCAAUAGCAGCACCAGUAGUAUCAGCAGUGGCAUUAAUACUUCACAAACCAACGUAAAUGUUUCCAAUACUGGAGCUACUAAUGUUUUAACCUCUACUGGCAAUGUGGCUACGGGCACAUUUUUACAGCCGGGCAGUACUAUAUACUAUGAAUCUGUACCCGCCAGUUCGGUACAGGUAUCCACAGGUGUUUUGUCGCUAACCACCACCACCGUGACCAGCAGUACUAUGUCGCAGAAUCAAAUAGCUAGCACAGCGGCAAAUCUAUCGAUCUCUUCGUUGCCAUAUGUUUCACACUCGGGUGGUCAAUCCACCACUGCCACCUUUACAGUAGUGCCAUCUACGGUUGGUCGUACCAUAGGACAAUUACAAAUUCCGGUAUCAAGUGCUGGUACCCAAAUACAGGCAGUGCCCGUUAGAUUUAGUCAACUUAGUGCGGGUAAUUUAUCGACCGCUGCCGCAGAUGCCAUAGCUGUUUCACAGGCCACGCCUCAACUAAUACAGCAAGCGGCAGGCUCUUCCUUGGGAGUGGCGGGACUAGGGGAAACCUCCCAAAUUAUCAUACCAGCCUCAGUAGCACAGCAAUCCAAUCAAUCCUCAAUUAAUUCUCUUAAUCCGCAACAAACCCAUCAAAUGGUUAUACCCCUACAGACUUCUAUAAAAGUAACCUCAGGUGCUAAUGCUGGUGGUUCGACAGUUGUCUCUAACUUUUUGCGCAAACGUGAUGUCGAGGGUUCACCCAUUAGAGCGGCCAAAAAUCUACAACCUACACUUCUAUCAAUGGGCAAUGCAAAUAUGUUAGCGGCAAACUCUUCCUCGUCUCCGGCCUCUUCUUCAGUGGGUAGUUCUUAUAGUUUAACUUCGGUUACCUCAAGUGCUCUCAGUUCUGCUCCCACUCUGACCGCGGAGGCUUUGGCUAAAAAGGAUCGCUGUAAUACCAUUUACACUUCCUCCUCCAACACAAACUUAAAUAGCAAUGCCGGCACACCUAAUCUUAUAUCGAAUAGAAACUCCCGAGCAGAGUCACCUGCUUCUUCGGAUGGCAGUACCACCGUUUCAGCUAAUUCCUCACCGGGGGUGGAUCAACAAAUACAAGAUAAUAAUAUGAUUAUAAAUCGUUUACCAGGAGUGGCAGCUAAUGUAGAUGCUCAUUUUAAUCCCAUCAAUGAGCUUUACUCCAAUCAUCAUUCUGUGGUUCCACAACAGCAUAUUAUGCCCGGCACACCAGUUACCUCACGUAAUUUAUCAACACUGGAACAUCAUAAUUUACAUCAGCAGCAGCCAUCAUCACACCAACAUAGUGCAACAACCCAGCCACCAAAUCUAACCAUACAACAGCGUCUAAAUGGUGGGUCCUUAGAUUGUCCACCACGUAAAAAGUCGAGGAGAUCAACAAAUGAUAGUCAACUGUCCACACAAAGUCAAACGUCAUUAAGUUUACCACCUCCUCAGGCUAAUAAUAAUGUCGUAAAUGUUGUUAUACCUCCUCCUCCCGCAAACUUAAACCAAGAACCUAAUAAUAUGGCAAAUGGUACGGCUGCAGUUAAUGCUAAUACUGGGGGUCAUGAAGUUGUUAAUGGCAAGGAAAAUACUAAACCUGUUGAAUUUAUUCUAAAACGUCCCAAAAAUUGCACCCUGAUGCAUACCUACAAACAAUCUUGGAAAUCAGCUUAUAAUCAUUUUCAACGAUAUUCGGAUAUUAAGCCACGCGAGGAAAGGCGACCCACCAUCAUGGACUUGGCGAAUCAAACAAAUGUUUUGGGUAAAAUUAAUGGUUGGAAGAUAUAUCAUCUAAAAUCGCAAAUGGAAGAUUUGUGUGAAAAUGAAUCUUUGGGAUAUGAAAAACUAUCAUCAAUGCUAAAACAAAUGGAAUCAAAUGGCAUAACCACAGAAACCGAACGUAUUAGUGAUUUAUUAAAGGGCAACAUGCAACGUAGCAAAAUUAUUGUCGAUGGCGUUAGUGAUGCUCAAAAUCAAAUAAUGAAAAUUUUCGAACAUAAAUCUCAUGUCUCGGAUAUUAUUAAUAGAUGUGCAUCAAAACGUAAUUAUAAAAAACGGGAAAAGGUUUAGGCGUUUUAAAUAAUCGAAACUUUCUCUCAAAGCUUGCUCAAAAUUAAGUUUUUCUUAAAAUAAUCUUGUAAAAAGUUUUCUAUUUUAUUUUCUGUUUUUAUUUAUAUUAAGGCUAAAUUCAUAUACAUAUAUAUAGAGAGAGAUCAAUCAUAGAUUGAACUUUUUUAAGACUUUAAAGCUUCUUGUUAUUAUUAUUAUUAUUAUAUAUUAAUAAAUAAAAUAUACUUUGACUUUUAUUAAAAAAAAACAGAAAACAUUUAAUUCUCUACGUAUGUUUAAAUAAUUAAUUAAGUUUACAUAUUGCUUUGCAAAUAAUAAUAACAAUUAUAUCAAAUAAACCUUGUGAAUAUAGUUUCGUUUUAAAACAAUUGAUAUUUAAA